CCAGAAUUCAUUUCAGAGGCAUUAUGGCCAAGCCGUCAAUACGGGGAUACAGCGAGUUCCGCAAUGUAACACUCGCCACAAAUCCUGCUGAGCUCGGAAUUGUCCACUCAGUCCCCACCGACGACACAGUCGAUCAAACAGGUGUCAAAAAACUGCCUCAUUCUGGGCAUUUCCCUUUCAGAAUAAACGCUUAUCCCGAUGGGGCCAUAUGUAAUGUUUCGAGUCUCAAUCAGUGAACAUUGAUCGCAGAAUGAUGUUUUGAUGUGACACUGUGUGACACCUGCCUGAACCUCCGAUGUCGGUCUCCAAACGCUUGCAUGUAUCAUUCACGCCCUCGGUGCCUCAAAGUGGACCGGAAGACCUCAAAAAGUCUCUGACAUCUCAAUUCUCGCGAUUCGCCACGGUCAAAUCAGUCGAUGGCGUAGGCCAGGAAGACGCUCUGGGCGCACCCAGAAAAUUUGCGUAUGUCAGCGUGGAGGGAUCUGAGGCUAGCAUCACGAAAUGUGUGAACGCUCUGAGCGGAUCCAUUUGGAAAGGCGUCCGCGUGCGCGUCGGGGACGCGCGUCCUGACUUUCAUCAGCGAAUUGCCCAGGAAAACACGGACGAGGGCGAGCCGAAGAGCCGGGGACGCAAACGCAAGCAUGGGGCUAAGCACGCCGAGGACAUGUCGCUCGUGACUGCGGAGAACGCCAAGAGCCGUCCGGGGUGGAAGGUCACCGAGAUGGGGCGCGCUGUCCGACCCAUUCGAAUGCGUCCCUCGCACCCUCUACCGCCCCCAUUAGCUACGACGACCGCCAAAACGACCGCGGGCAAGCCCAAGAAAAAACGCGAUCCUGCCUCUCGUGCGCGGAGACGCACCAUCGACCCGACGCGCUGGGACAGCGUGCAUCUCAAGGGCAUGUUUCUGGAGAACGCCAGUCUCGCCCCCAGACGAGAUCCUCCAUUGGUGGCCGAGUUACCUGCCGAGACUGUAGAGACCGAAUCAGACUCGGAUCCAGAUUCUGAAGACGAGGUCGAGGCUAUCAUGACAGUCAAAUCUCCGACAAUAGCCACCCCAGAGGAAUCAAGCCGGGAGACCUCUAUUCCAGCUCUUACCCAACCUCUGGUACCACCACUGAAACCUGUCCAAACCGUGAAUAGAGUAGCGUUGGACGCCGAGACUCCCGACGGCGAUCUCCAGGCUGAAAAAUCCAAGACCCUUGACUUCCUCAACAAUCUAUUCGCCGGGCGGGAUCGAGACUGGGAUGGGCGAGAAAGUGUCGGGUCAGACGUCGAUGAGGAGGAACUGCUCAAGAUCGGAGGCGUCAUGGAUAAUGCGGACAACGACGGGAUUGAAUAUGUGCCCAUGGAUGUCGACACCAGUCGGGCAGUAGAACCUGCUCCGAUUGCAGAGGAGCCUGUAGAAGAGGAGGAGGCCCCGCGAGCUGUCCCUCGGAAAGUCGCGCAAACAACCAAGCUCAAAGAUCUGUUUGUUACACGGGAUGACGACAUCGGAUUCUCGCUUCUCGGACAACUCGAAUUGGAUCUCGAGCUCGAUGACGAGCUAGCCCACAUUCUUCCGUCAACACCACAAGCGCCUUCCACCGCACAGCCAAUCCCAGCUGCCCAGAUCGCAGCAGUGAGUUUGCCAUCCCGAACUCGCGCACAGAUUACCCUCGAUCCCAAACAACCGCUAUUCUUCCCCCUGCCGACAUCCUUCCAAUCUGGGCUGGGCAGCACCAAAGCACGCCAGCGAGAUAUCCUCGAUGUCGGCAAGGACAAUGGCUGGAAUGUGCACUUUGUGCGGAACGAGACGGACGACGAGAUCCGCAAGAAAUGGGAAGAGCAGAAGGGCGAUCUUACCAGGGAAUGGAAUCGCCGCUGGAGGGAAGCGGGCAAGGUCAAGCGGAGGAGAGGUGCCGGGCUGGACGCUGAUUAG